AUGUUCAUUGCUAAACCAAAAGGUGGUUUGCCCAGCCGACUUGCGCAUUCAGCUCUUCGCAAAAGAUAUCUUGCGAAUUCGAAUUGUCUUUCUACAUCUACCCAAACUCCCCGGAAGGAAGGAGAUAUUUCUUCCGUUUUUGUCUCGUUGUCCAGCAAGGGAGAAGCCGCACCACUCGAUGAACGUUUUGCGGAGCAAAAAAGGAGAUUGAUUGCAGACCGAGGCGACCAGCUAAAACGAAGCUGGGAUCGCCUACUCUGCAAGCUGAGAGACGAAGUCCGCACCAUCGAGGAGCGUGGGCCAGACAUCAUCCCUAGUAUCGACUUCAAAGAUAUCCAUGCCGCCCCGAGAUCUUUUCACGAGGAGCUUAAGAAGCGUGGAGUUGCAGUCAUCCGCGGUGUGAUCCCAGAGGCCGAGGCGAGGGGCUACAAAGAAGAUAUCGAAGCCUACGUGCGGGCCAACCCUGGCACAAAAGCCUUCCCACCCGAUGAUCCCCAGGUUUUUGAGCUGUACUGGUCCAAGCAACAAGUACGAGCUCGCUCCCAUGCCAAUAUGCUAGAGACACAGCGAUUCCUGAUGAGUUUCUGGCAUUCGUCUGCAUCGGAUGCUUUGAUUUCCCCUCUCCAUCCUCUCACCUAUGCAGAUCGCCUUCGCAUUCGUCAGCCCGGCGAUGCCGGCUUCGCCUUGGGACCUCAUAUUGACGGUGGAAGUUGUGAACGCUGGGAGGACAAGGGAUACGGCUUGGGCCAAGUUUACGAACGAAUCUUCGAGGGUCGCUGGGAGGAAUACAACCCCUGGGAAGCUAGCUGCCGUGUGCCCGCAGUUGCAGACCUCUAUAACGGAUCUGGGGCUUGCUCUAUGUUCCGAAUGUUCCAAGGAUGGCUGAGCUUGUCUCAUACAGGGCCGAACGAGGGAACACUACUUGUCAACCCUCUUUUGUCCAUGGCUACUGCCUAUACGCUCCUACGUCCUUUCUUCCACCAUACCACGAAACGCCCUGAAGAUGGGUGCUCUCGGAUUGCGAUGGAUACAUUCUUGGAGCCUACAAACUGGCAGCUCGAGGAUUCCCCCACUAGCAAGCUACAGGGUGCCACCCCAGGAUAUGCCCAGGAGCUGAACUCGGUUCUCCACCCUCAUCUUGAGUUGCAGAAGACUAUGGUGCAUGUUCCUAAGAUUGCACCCGGUGAUUACGUUGCCUGGCAUUGCGAUUCAAUCCACGCUGUCGACAAGGUACACAAUGGUACUGGAGACUCGAGCGUGAUGUACAUUCCCGCCUGCCCUGUCACAGAAGCAAACGUGGAAUAUGUUAAGCGUCAGAGAUCUGAUUUCAUUGAGGGUGUUCCUCCCCCUGACUUCCCCGGCGGUAUAGGUGAAAGUAAGCACGUCGGCCGGGCCAAUUUGAAGGAUCUCCAAUCCUACACAAAUGACCAGGGAAUGCGCGCGUUUGGCUUUGGCGAGUGGAACGCUGAGGAAGAGAACCUCAACUUUGGACAGCGCCGUGUCUUGAAGAAGGCCAACGAAAUACUGGGCUUCUAA